AUGUACACAAGCAGAAAACUGACGACGCAGGUGGUUGGCGGGGGCAGCGCACCACUGCUCAACUGGAGAUGGUCAGAUGCCCUGGCACACACGGCUCGCCUCACACGCGGCGCCAACUUCACACUUGGGCGCACAAGCCCCGAGAACCACAGCGGCGAAAGGGCGCAAACCCCACGCCGUGGCGGGCCAAGAACCCACGCAGGCGCGAGCCCACCGCCCACGCAAGCACCCGCGCAGACGCCCACGCCAUCGUGGAUGCGCAAACCCACGCGCGCCUUGGCAGGAACGUCCACGCAGUGGCGGGCGCGCCGCCCACGCCCUCAGAGAGACACACCCACACUCUCGCCAGCCCCCUCACCUCGGUCUUCCCGGGCUCAGACCCCGGCGGCGACCACCGAGACAGCCGAGCAGGGACUCAGCGCCUGCGCACUCCCCUCCGGGACCCCGGGACCGCGCGCUGCACCCCCCUUCACACACGCACCACGCAGGCGGGCGCGUGGCCCCGCCCCCAAACAAGGCCACGCGGCGCGCGCUCACCCGCCUCUCGGGGACAGUACCACCAGCCCCGGCCUGAGGCCCCGCCCCCUCAGCGCCACACGCACAAGCGCGUUCGCACGAUUGGUGCAGGCAGACGCGCGAGGUCCCGCGCCUGCGCACACCCCCGGGGCUGGCACGCACACCGGUCUCCUAGGGGACUGGCGCCUGGCCCUGCUUUUCAUCCUCUCAGGAGAUCACGUGUGGACACUGAGGCCCUUCCUCGAGCUCUUUAACCAAACCCAACCUCCCCAAUUCGCCGCCUUCCCCGCUCCCACAACCACACGUUCCCGUGUGAGGGCUUAUUGCCUCCAGCCAGCCACCGUCCUUCGCCCCCACAUUCACGAGGUUUGGAGCCGGCCUCACCCGCGGAGGCGGACACCGCCCACCCGCGCGUGCGCACUACGGAGUCAUCCUGCGACCUCCAGAAUCCACCGGGGUGCAGCGAGGCUGUGGAAAGUCCCACCCAGAACGUGAGGUGAAGAAGGCUUGGGCUGCGCUGGUUCUGCUCUGUCCGGGUCGGAGAUGAACUAACCCGGGAGAGCAGCGGAGGGAUGUUUCUUUCGGCCAACACUGGGGACUCACCUGCACGUUUUGCGAAGAGGCCCACAGUCCUUUGCGUGGCGCUCGGACUACAUUUCCCAAAGGCCCCUGCGCGGCCUGGGGGCUGUUCCAUGCGGUGUUGCGCCUGCGUAGCCGGCGGGCUGGCCCUGAGACUGACUGCGUCGGGGUUGAGACUGGGUGGAAGAGGCUCACCCCGGCGGGGAGAAGGGACGAGGAGGGGCGGACAGCGGAAGGUCCGGGAGUGUCCGCCAUUGCGUAAUUGUGAGUCUGUGAGAGAAGAUGUGAAGUAUGGCCUCGUCCCGGUCAUCUGGGCGUGCGGGUCCCGGGUUUUGAUCGCGCGUUUGUGUAG